AUGUCAGGAGUGAAAAGAUCUCUAGACCAGAUAAGAAAUGCUGCAUUUAUAAAAAGACACAAAAAAGUUUGCAAGAAUCCCAUAGACGAGGAGAAGGGCAUCUCUAAAUGCAUAGUGCGUGUUCCAGUGUCCAUGUAUGUCUCUCUAGCACCAAUCUACAUCAGCGAACCAUUGAAGGGUAUCACUAAGCAGCAUCUUAACUCAAUGGUCAUGAAGUACAAAGACGAGGUCGGUGGUGUUGUUCUUGGUUACGAUAAUCUACAGAUACAAGAUAUUAGUCCAGAAGACAACAAAGAUACGAAAUUAGUUAAGCUCACGCCAGAUACCCCAUUUGGUUUCACUUGGUGUAGUGUAGACCUUUAUGUAUGGCAGCCACAGAUAGGUGACAUUAUUGAGGGCUGGAUUUUCAUCCAAUCACCAUCGCAUAUUGGUCUUCUUAUCCACGAUGCCUUUAACGCUAGUAUUAAGAAGAACAACAUUCCUAGCGAGUGGACUUUUGUGCAAAAUGAAGACACAGAGAACAUUUCAGAAAACUCCGAAAAUGGCUCAACCAAGGCGCGCUCACUUGGCCAUUGGGUUGACGAAAAUGGCCAGUCGUUGGAUGGAAAGUUAAAGUUUACUGUCAGAAAUGUGUACACUACUGGUAAGGUAGUUUCGCUGGAGGGUACCCUUUCUUCAGACCAUGAUGGCCAUCCUCGUUCUCAAGCCGAGAAUCUGCCGGUUGUUUCCAACAAAAAAAUCAUCUUUGAUGAUGAGGUUUCUACCGAGAAUAGAGAAAGUCAUAAGGAUCUGGAACUUUCCACAAUUGUCAAAGAGGACAAUGGCGAAGAAAUCAUGUAUGAACGUAAUUCUAGUGACAGCGAUUCCAGCGAUAGCGAGUAA